AUGGAGGCCGUCCACCACAUGAUUGUUGCUGCCAUCCUGUCGCUGCUCCUCUUCACCCCCGGCGUUGAGGCAAAGAUGACGGCAGGCGAUGUGAUUGCACUCAUCCUCGGUCUUGUGCUCGGAAUCCUCGGCAUCUGCGCGUGCCUUGGCUACUACGCACGGACACACCAGUAG